CAAUUAAUUUAGUCUAUUCUAUGGCGUGCUGUGUUAUGGCGAAACGUGCAGCAGUAUCGUACGAUACUUCGCGUAUUAGUGCGAAUUUUAAACUUUAUUUCGUGUAUGCGGUGUAAAUUAAAUGAACCUUCCAUGAUUAAUAUUAUUCUUCAUAGCACCAGCCAAGUACCCAAAGAGUUAUAAUUCCUACCCUACCUAACUUAACCGAGUAUUUUUAAAACGGACGAGUGUUCGCAAAAUAUUGAAUAAACACAAAUAAUUCAAAAAAAUCAUAUUUCUGCUUGGAUCUAAUGGGAGAUAGAGAUUGGAGGCCCUUUAUCUACGGCGGUCUGGCGUCGAUCGUUGCAGAAUUUGGGACGUUUCCCAUCGACACAACAAAGACCCGUCUGCAGAUCCAGGGGCAGCAGAUCGACCAGCGCCAUGUGGAGCUGCGCUACUCUGGCAUGGUGGACUGCUUCGUCAAGACUAGUCGCCAGGAGGGCAUCAAGGCCCUCUACUGCGGGAUAUGGCCGGCGGUCCUCCGGCAGGCGACGUACGGCACGAUAAAGUUCGGCACGUACUACUCGCUGAAGCAGGCGCUGGCGGCGCGGCGCGCGGACGGCGGCGCGGUCGAGCAUCUGCCCGCCAACACCUUCUGCGCGGCCUUCGCGGGCGGCUUCUCCAGCGCUAUAGCCAACCCUACCGACGUGCUCAAAGUGCGCAUGCAGGUACAAAUGGGGUCGGAGAAGCGCGCGCUGGUGCGCUGCUUCGCGGAGAUGUGGAGGCUGGAGGGCGCGCGCGGGCUGUGGCGCGGCGCGGGGGCCACGAGCCAGCGCGCCGCCGUCAUCGCGGCCGUGGAGCUGCCCGUCUACGACGCCUGCAAGAAGCGCUUCCUGCCGGCUCUAGGGGACACCCCCUUCAACCACUUCGCGUCCAGCUUGCUGGCCAGCUUGGGCAGCGCCGUGGCCAGUACGCCGCUGGAUGUGAUCAGGACGAGAAUGAUGAACCAAAGAAAAGUGAUAGGCCACGUCAGCAGACCGUCCGAGAAGAUAUACACCGGCACCAUCGACUGCUUUUUACGGACGGUGCGUAGCGAGGGUUUCCUGGCGCUGUACAAGGGCUUCGUGCCCACGUGGUUGCGCAUGGGGCCCUGGAACAUCAUCUUCUUCCUCUCCUACGAGCAGCUCAAGCAGUUCUACUGAACCAUCCCCCCACCACCCCACCAGGGUUACGAGUUGCGAGGACUACUGUACAGUGUAGAAGAUGUACCAUCGACACGGCAGCCGUCGAGGCGCUUUCGUCCGCGCCCGAAGAGGAAACUCAUUAGGAGUGAAGAGGAAACUUGCUCUUUACCUACCCUACUACUUUAUGUGUAGGGUGUAGUAUUAGGAUUACUUGUUAUGUUGUUAUUUUUAAUUGUUUAGUACAAAACUGUUUGACAGAAGAGUUUAUUUUUAAGCAUUUUGUAAAGUUCCUUAUGUUUGAGUGAGAAUAUUCCUUGAUAAGUUUUAAUAACCAUCGGUUCGAUUCUGGUUUAAAACUAUCGUUACAUGCUGUAACACUACGAAUUUACUCUAAGGAUCAGUCUACUCGGUGAUACUUUGAUGAAGAAAUGUUCGGCUCGCCCGAUGGUAAGCGGUUGUCGAAGCGUAUGGCCGCAAACAAUUUUAGGGGCGUCACAUAAGUAAACACAUGUUUCCAUGUAAAUCUAGCAAUAUUAUCAUUGUCCUAUCAACGGUCGGUAAAAGAUAACAUGUUUUUUUACAAGUAAUAUUGGGUUAAUUCCUCUCCUUUCUUAUCAAAAACGCAUUAAGAUAUUUGCAGAUUUGUUCAUUCGUUAUCAAUUGUCAGUUGCCGUAAUCCCGAGAUGAUUGUUUGUUAGUGCUCCGUACAACGACUUUGUUCACGGAUCCCUUCGGUCUUGCAAAUUAAGAUUAAGCGUUUUUUUUUUGUUUAAUGACAUUGAUACUUUAAUUCAAUGCAAAAAUGGAACUGAAUGUACCUAACUGUCUUUACAUUUAUUUUAUACUAUCUUUCGUCCGCGACUUCGUCUGCGUGGAGUUAGUAAUUUGGGUAGCUUAUUUUUUAUCCAAUCUGCUUUUUAUUGAUUCCCCAUACAAACUUAACCCCCCCCCCCCUCCACCUUUUUCGCCCCUUUAAAGGAUGACUUCUGGGCUAAAAGCUAAUACCCUAUGUCCUUCCCCGGGACUCAAACUAUCUCUAUACCAAACAACUAAAUCGGUUCAGCGGUUUAAGCGUGAAGAGGUAACAGAGUGUCUGUCUAGACACACUUUCGCAUUUAUAAUAUUAGUAUGGAUAUUAAAAUACCUAUCGAGCUUAGAAUAUAUAUAGUAGCGGGAUUGUGUAAGUUAUUGUUAAGUACGUGGGUGCAUCGUUGACAUAUCGCUUGAGAUUAAAGGUAGGUACCUAGUGCCAAAUAACAAAUAACCUCAGUAGUUACAACUUUAUAUUAUAAUCACGAUGUGAUGAAACGUCAGUCAGCCUCGGGAGUCGUUAGACACUUGACACCUCUUGGUACUGAUACUAUGUGUCGUUUUAACCAACUCCAAAAUGAAGGUUUCCGAAUCCUUGGGGGAGAGUCAAAGCGUUUCGACCCUCCUCCCCCUCGGGGGCGUCGUGGUAGAAUGUUCGCGAUCCCAGGAUGCCCCCCAGGAUGUUGGUUUAGUGGGUAGGCUCCUCCCCCUCUUUUCUCAAUGGAAAGAGCCGGGAGGUGAGAGUCCCACAUACCCCCAGGGGGACGAUGCGAAACAGCAUUCCCACACCGAGAAAAAAAAGGGUCGGAGCCGGCGUAGUUUUUAUCGCGUAUAUAUAUAUAUAUAUCUUUACUUGAAAAAAAUUGUUGUAUUGUGUAACUAGCCUUAUGAACCGAUUUUGCAUGUACAACUAGCAUUUACUUCAUGCAUGCACUUCUCAUUUAAAAAUAGCUUUGAAGACAAUGAGAAGUGCCUAGGUUUGUUCCUGAACACAGUUUUUUUGUAUGAUUUAUAUGACUUAACUGUACAAUUAGCAUAUUACUACUGUUUUUUUUAUAUUGACAAUGUAUAAUCAAUACUAAAUAAAAGAAUAUGAAUAUGUUUUAGAUGAUAGUAAUACAUAUAUUAUACUGUGAUUUGUGUUCUGUGACCACUAUUUUAUCUAUUUAAACCGAAACGGGUUCUAAUUCAGACUCUUUGGUUUAAAAGGAUAUAUGUUAAGCUUAAAACGAUAAAAAAAACUGUAAGCGCUUUUGUCUAACAAUGUCAAUAUAUUGUUUACGCGAAAAUAAGGUCCACUUUAGAAUAUCCUUUGGAUUUGGUGUUUUUUUUCGGCUGGUGAAACUUACCGAGCUUAUAAUGUAAGUAGUCGAUUUUAUAAUCUCAAUGUAGAAUUUUGUGAUGUAUGUUUCGUUAUGUAUAAAUAUGUAUAUAUAAGGAUAUAUGUUAAGCUUAAAGCGAUUAAAAAAACUGUAAGCUCUUUUGUCCAUGAAUGUCAAUAUAUUGUUCAGGCGAGAAUAAGGUCCAUUUUAGGAUAUAUCCUUUGGAUUUGGUGUUUUUUUUUCGGCUGGUGAAACUUGCCGAGCUUAUAAUGUAAGUUGUCAUUUUUAUAAUCUCAAUGUAGAAUUUUGUGAUGUAUGUUUCGUUAUGUAUGCACGCAACUCAUGCUAGACCGCCAGAUAACGCACUCAAUUUUGUAGUGUUUUUUAUUUGUGUAUAUUAUUGUAAACCCGUAAUGUACAAAGAAUCAGCCAAAAUAUUAUUUUAAUAAAUUAUAUACAC